AUGCGCGGUGCCUUGCGCGUGCCCGUGUCGGGCCGGGCGUGGAAGCCGGGAGAUAUGCGGGGUUUGUCGUCGUGGCUGUGCCCAGGGCCGUGGCUGUGGCUGCUCCUACUGCUGACGUCGGCGCCGGCGGUGGGCGGCGGCUCGAAGCACCCCCGGCUGCGCGAGGCCGUGCUGCGGGACCUGGCCCGCGGCAAGGUUGAGACGUGCGGCGGGUGACGGCUGAACCGCCUCAGGGAGGUGAAGGCGUUCGUCACCCAGGACAUCCCGCUCUACCAUAACCUGGAGAUGAAACACCUGCCUGGUGCCGACCCUGAGCUUGUGCUCCUCAGCCGCCGGUAUGAGGAGUUAGAAAGAAUUCCCCUGAGUGACAUGACCCGGGAAGAAAUCAACCAGCUGGUGCAGGAGUUGGGCUUCUACCGCAAAGAGACGCCUGAUGCCCCUGUGCCAGAGGAGUUCCAGUUUGCCCCUGCCAAGCCUGUGCCAAUACUGCUGCACCCCCAAGCAGCCACCACUGAUGGCAAGACCCCACCCAAACGUGACAAGGAAGAACACCCAGACCUUUAGCAAGUAAUGUCACACUUGGGAUAGGGUCCUGCAGCCAGUCCCAGUGUAGGGAAUGAGGGUAUUAUGGCAACUGGGGAUGGUGUCACAGGGUGGCAAAGGUUUUUUCCCCCCCGCUCUUGCUUGGUGCUGUGUCACCUCUGCUCAAGGAUGCCCUAGGCAGAUCCAGCCUCAAGCAGGGGCUUCCAGGGCACUUGUGGGCAUUACAAAGGUCCUGUGUGCUAGUUGAUGCUCACCUGUCCUGGGAGCCCAUUAUCCCUGGCCAGUUAGGAGGAACAGCAUUCCUUGCAGUCCCUUGCUGUGCCCAGAGGUUUAGCUGCUCCGAGCACUAGGCAGCAGUGUCAUGCCUGCAUGGGACAGGAUGAAACCCUCAGCAGAAAGCGCCAGGUGCUAAGGGUAGAUGUGCUGAGUCCCAGUAGUGGGAAGGCUGCCCUAAGAAGGGGCUUUAUCCCCCAGCAGGGUUAUGUCAUAUCCAGCUCCUAGUAAAGCUUUUAUUUG